CUUAAUGGUCAAGAUGUGGAAUUACCCUAUUUCCAUCCCUCGGGGAGGCUGGAGAUUUAUCGAAACAAAAACAGCACGACCGUAGAGUCUAAAGGCGUGGUGACAGUCCAGUACUCUGAUGUGGGCCUAUUGUACAUCCGGCUGUCCACCAUGUAUUUUAACUGUACUGGAGGCUUGUGUGGCUUUUUCAAUGCCAAUGCCAGUGAUGAGUUCUGCCUCCCUAAUGGCAAGUGCACAGACAACCUGGCAGUGUUCUUGGAGAGCUGGACAACAUUUGAGGAAAUCUGCAAUGGCGAGUGUGGGGACCUGCUGAAGGCCUGCAACAAUGACUCCGAACUGCUCAAGUUCUACCGGGGCCGCUCCCGGUGUGGUAUCAUCAAUGACCCCUCCAACAGCUCCUUCCUGGAGUGCCACGGGGUGGUUAAUGUCACUGCCUACUACCGCACUUGCCUUUUUCGCCUGUGCCAGAGUGGGGGCAAUGAGUCAGAGCUGUGUGAUUCUGUGGCCCGCUAUGCCAGUGCUUGCAAGAAUGCAGAUGUAGAGGUGGGCCCCUGGAGGACCUAUGACUUCUGCCCUCUAGAGUGCCCAGAGAACAGCCAUUUUGAGGAGUGUAUGACAUGUACAGAGACCUGUGAGACCCUGGCCCUGGGCCCCAUCUGUGUGGAUAGCUGCUCAGAGGGAUGCCAAUGUGAUGAAGGCUAUGCCCUGCAGGGUAGCCAGUGUGUGACUCGGAGCGAGUGCGGCUGCAACUUUGAGGGACAUCAACUUGCCACCAAUGAGACCUUCUGGGUGGACCAAGACUGCCAGAUCUUCUGCUACUGCAAUGGCACAGACAACAGUGUCCACUGUGAGACCAUUCCCUGCAGAGACGAUGAAUACUGCAUGGAAGAGAGUGGCUUAUACUACUGCCAGCCCCGUACCGAUGCUUCAUGUAUCGUCUCUGGCUAUGGCCACUACCUCACCUUUGAUGGCUACGCCUUUGACUUCCAGACCAGUUGCCCUCUCAUCCUCUGCACUACAGGAAGCAGAUCAAUCUCAGACUCUAUCCCCAAGUUCAUUGUAACAGCCAAGAAUGAGGAUCGGGACCCAUCACUGGCCUUGUGGGUGAAACAGGUAGACGUGACCGUGUUUGGCUACAGCAUUGUGAUUCACCGGGCUUAUAAGCACACUGUGCUGGUAAGUAGUAAAGGGCCAACCUCCAGAAUGGAUUCAAUACUUAUGGAGACAGUGUCUUGGUCCAGCUGGAUGCUGCUGAGCCAUGGUGGUCCAGCAUCCAAAGGCAAUCAUAGUGUGAUAUUAGAGGUCUUGGAGGAGGGUCAGAGAGCAAAGGAUUGCCCAAGUCACAGACAGCAAAGCGAGAGCAGAGCGGUCACCUGCCCUCCCAACAGCCACUAUGAGAGCUGUGUGAGUGUCUGCCAGCCUCGCUGUGCUGCCAUCCGCCUGAAGAGUGACUGCAAUCACUACUGUGUGGAGGGCUGCCAGUGUGAUGCGGGCUAUGUCCUCAAUGGCAAGAGCUGCAUCUUGCCCCACAACUGCGGCUGCUACUCUGAUGGCAAAUACUACGAGCCCAAGCAGCUGUUCUGGAAUGGAGACUGCACAAGGCGCUGCCGCUGCUUUAGGCGCAACCUGAUCCAGUGCGACCCACGCCAGUGCAAGUCAGACGAGGAGUGUGCCCUGCGCAGUGGGGUGCGUGGCUGCUUCAGCACCAAGACCUCCUACUGCUUGGCCGCAGGGGGUGGGGUCUUCCGCACCUUCGACGGUGCCUUCCUGCGCUUCCCAGCCAACUGUGCCUUCGUGCUCUCCACCAUCUGCCAGAAACUGCCGGACAUCUCCUUCCAGCUCAUCAUCAACUUUGACAAGUGGUCCUCGCCCAACCUCACCAUCAUCUCACCUGUCUAUUUCUACAUUAACGAAGAGCAGAUUCUCAUCAAUGACCGGAACACUGUUAAGGUAAACGGCACACAAGUAAAUGUUCCAUUUAUAACUGGUUUGGCAACCAAAAUCUACAGCAGCGAGGGGUUUCUGGUGAUUGACACCAGCCCCGACAUCCAGAUAUACUACAAUGGCUUCAACAUCAUCAAAAUCAGCAUCAGUGAGAGGCUGCAGAACAAAGUAUGUGGCCUCUGUGGCAACUUCAAUGGAGACAUGACUGAUGAUUAUGUGACUUUGCGGGGGAAACCAGUGGUGAGCAGUGUGGUACUGGCCCAGAGCUGGAAAACCAAUGGCAUGCAGAAGAGCUGCAACGAGCUUCAGUUCUCACAGUACGCAGCCACUUGUGACAAUGCCCAUAUCCAGACCAUGCAGGGUGACGGCUACUGCCUGAAGCUCACCGACAUGAAAGGCUUCUUUCAGCCCUGCUAUGGGCUCCUUGAUCCCCUACCCUUCUACGAGUCCUGCUACCUGGAUGGCUGCUACAACCACAAGAAGUUCCAGUUGUGUGGCUCCCUGGCUGCCUACGGGGAGGCCUGCCGCUCCUUCGGCAUCCUUAGCACCGAGUGGAUUGAGAAGGAGAACUGCUCAGGAGUGGUUGAAGACCCCUGUGUGGGGGCAGACUGUCCCAACAGGACCUGUGAGCUGGAUAAUGGAGGAGAAUUAUGUGGAUGCAUUGAGCCACCCCCAUAUGGAAACAAUUCCCAUGACAUCAUCGAUGCAGAGGUGACCUGCAAGGCCGCCCAGAUGGAAGUGUCCAUAUCUAAGUGCAAGCUCUUCCAACUGGGUUUUGAAAGAGAGGGUGUGAGGAUCAAUGACAGACAAUGCACUGGCAUCGAGGGGGAGGAUUUUAUCUCCUUUCAGAUCAACAACACCAAAGGGAACUGUGGAAACAUCGUGCAGUCCAAUGGCACUCAUAUCAUGUAUAAAAACACAAUCUGGAUAGAGAGUGCCAACAACACGGGCAACAUCAUCACUAGGGACCGCACGAUCAAUGUGGAAUUUUCAUGCGCCUAUGAGCUGGAUAUCAAGAUCUCCUUGGACUCUGUCGUGAAGCCUAUGCUAAGUGUCAUCAACCUAACAGUUCCAACUCAGGAGGGCAGUUUCACUACCAAGAUGGCACUCUACAAAAAUGCCUCCUACAAACACCCUUACCGCCAGGGGGAAGUCGUGUUGACGACUCGAGACGUGCUCUAUGUGGGGGUCUUCGUGGUUGGUGCUGACUCUACACACUUGAUCCUCACACUCAACAAAUGCUAUGCCACCCCCUCCCGGGACAGCAAUGACAAGCUUCGGUACUUCAUCAUUGAAGGAGGAUGUCAGAACAUCAAAGAUAACACCAUUGGCAUCGAGGAGAAUGGAGUGUCCCUAACCUGUCGUUUUCAUGUCACGGUCUUCAAAUUCAUCGGAGACUAUGAUGAAGUUCAUCUUCAUUGUGCAGUGUCUCUCUGUGACUCAGAAAAAUACUCCUGCAAAAUUAAUUGCCCACAAAAUUCCAGGAUCGCCACAGAUUAUACAAAAGAGCCCAAAGAACAGAUCAUUUCAGUGGGACCUAUUAGGAGAAAAAGACUGGACUGGUGUGAGGACAAUGGGGGAUGUGAGCAGAUCUGCACCAGCCGGGUAGACGGGCCUCUGUGCAGCUGUGUGACUGGAUCCCUGCAGGAGGAUGGCAGGAGCUGCAGAGCCUCCAAUUCUUCAGUCGAACUUCAAGUUUGGACACUGCUUCUCAUCAUGACCCAGAUAACACUAUGGAAUUUUGUCUAUAAAUCAGGCACAACCUCAUAAUGAACUCAAGGUGCUUCCUUCAGUCCCUGUAGGUAUAAAAAGUAUGUGUUCCCAAGUCAAAACCUGUUUGAAUGUGUACAGCCUUUCAAACUCAUGGUACCUUCCUCCCGCAGUCAGAUCUGGAGGACACUGAAGUCCCUGGCUCCUCUUCCACGGUAUGCAAUGAUAGCUUUUCAAAGCCAUUGGGGGAAAAAUGUAUUUACCCUAAAUGUCCAAACAGCUGCCACUGAAGACCUUGGUUCAAGCCAAAAGCCAGUCAGGGAAAGCCUGACAGGAGUCUGAUGGGAAAUCCGGCCAGAAAACUCAGUCUGUCCCCUGCGGUUUCUGGACCCCAGUGGUUAGAGACAGGUCUAUCAUUGUAACUUUGGAUUAUAGCUAUGACUUCCUCUAAGGAAGUGUGGUCUCUGCUGUGCAAACACUGCCCUCUGUCCAUGCUUAGCUCCUUCCCCACCUACUGCGGCCUCCACCUUGCCAUGCCAGCUUCAGCUACUGGAUAUAAUGUUUGCAGACCUGGAGAACCUCACCCACCCCAUCCCCACACUCAAACUCAGUCCUUCACUUUUUACAA